AUGACGGAGCUCUUCCUCAACAUCAGGACGAGGAGGUCUACGGGAAGAACGAGCGCAUCGAGAAAACAGAAAGAUACAGCAAGACAACAAGAUACAGCAACACUUGCAGCAAGACAAGAACACGAUGCUCGACAAGAGCCAAGAGAGAAACAGCAAGUCGAUGAUAUUGAACAGGAACAACUUCGAUCCCAGCUGGUGUAUCAGCAGGAGCUCGAGAGAGUUUUGAGCCUCAGGGCAACCAGGCACGAAGAGAAUUUCGAUGCGUGA